AUGGAAGGAGAGUACCCACAGCUUGCUCUAACAACCUACCUCGACCAUGCAGGUACUACGUUGUAUCCACAAUCCGCUAUUCGAUCUUUCGCGAAGGACAUGACGGAAAACUUGUAUGGCAACCCGCAUUCUGCAUCACCAUCUUCGUCUUUGAGCACUGCGGUGAUCGAAGAAGUCAGAAAUGAAGUCCUUGAGCGCUUCAAUGCUUCGGCAGAACAAUAUGACCUCGUCUUUGUUGCCAACGCCACGGCUGCGAUCAAAAUGGUCGCACAGGCAUUCCAAGAUCAAAUAGGCGGAUUCUGGUACGGAUACCACAAGGAUGCUCACACUAGUCUUGUCGGCGUGAGAGAGCUUGCACAGAAUGGCCAUCGUUGCUUUCGCUCAGAUGAGGAAGUUGACAGUUGGAUCGAGGGCAGAUCUUUGCCUCCUGGCCACCUUGGGCUAUUUGGAUUCCCGGCUCAAUCAAAUAUGACAGGUUAUCGUCCACCUCUGACGUGGGGGAGUCGUGUAAGAAGAGCCUGCGGCCCAAAUUCGGCACGAUUUUAUACUCUGCUUGAUGCUGCAUCUUAUCUAACCACUGGAAAUCUCAAUCUAAGCGACCCAUCAACAGCUCCGGAUUUUGUUGCUCUUUCAUUCUACAAGAUCUUCGGCUUCCCUGAUCUUGGUGCGUUGAUUGUCCGGAGAGAGGCAGCUCCAGUAUUACUCUCCCGGAAAUAUUUUGGAGGUGGCACUGUCGAAAUGGUGCUUGCGGUAGACGACCCGUGGCAUCAAAGCCAUCGGAAGCGUCCCCACGAGGCCCUUGAAGACGGGACUUUGCCCUUUCACAAUAUCCUAGCGCUGAAGCAUUCACUACGGGCGCAUAAAAUCCUCUAUCCGUCACCGGUGCAAGUGAGCAACCAUGCUGCAAUCCUGUCCAGGUACGCCUAUACGACAUUAGAGAGCUUCAGACACGAGAAUGGGACAAAAGUGAUAACCAUCUACAAGGACCCCAAUGGACAGUAUGGCGACUCUCUGAAUCAAGGUCCUAUCAUCUCAAUGAAUCUCCAUGAUCUUCAUGGUAACGUGGUCGGAAAAACUAGAGUCGAAGCACUCGCUUGUGCAUGCGGGUUUCAACUACGAACUGGCUCACUUUGCAAUCCUGGCGGUAUCGCAACGAGACUUGGUCUGCGUCCCUGGGAGAUGAAACGCAAUCAUUCGCAUGGAAUGCGUUGUGGUGACGAAUUGGAUUUCCUCGGUGGGAAACCCACAGGCGUCCUCCGCAUCAGUCUCGGAGCAAUGACGACCAAAAGCGACAUCGACCAGUUUCUUGAGUUUGUGGAUUUCUUCUUUGUCUGCCACGGUAACGAUCAGAUAGUCAACAUGCAUACCAGUGAUUCGAACAUUGAUCACGCUGGCUCCGUCAUACAACCUAUCAAAGGUUGUGAACCGUUGGCAGUGGCGGACGAGGAAUUUGAAUCCUAUAUGCCGUGGCACGAGGAUUGGCUUAUUGUCAACCCAAUCUCUAGGAAGGAGAUAUUUGGUCACGAGACGGAGCUCCGGAGAUUGGUCAUUGACAUUCAGCCGGUAGAAGGCAAGAUGAUCGUCGUAAGACCUCAUGAACAGCAUCCUGUGGAGGAUUUACAAAGAUCGUUAGUGGUUGACUUGUGGAACGACAAUCUGAACAGUUCUCAAACUCAAGUAACGGUGUGUGGUGUCCCAUCUGAUAACGAUGCCAACGAGUUAAGUAGCUUUUUCACAUCAGUCCUGGGCAUUCCAGCGACACUUGCUCGACGGAACAACCGCGAAGUAUUGGCGCUGAUCGAGAAGAAGUAUAUUUGUGUCGUCUGGGGCUGCGGUCGGGUUUGUCGCACGGCGGCAGAUCUUGAUCAUCACUAUCAAUCACACGCGCAUGAUUUCAGCAGGAGGAAGACACAGGGCACCUCGUCGGGUCACACGAGUAUCAGUUCUCCAAAACUUGAGGCUCAAUCUAAGCUCAAAUCCAAGAUCUCGUGGAUUACUGAAGAUUUGAACCAGACAUUGAAGCAGACUAAACUCAGCUUUCAGAAGAAAACAUCAAGGUGGAAACCUGGAAGGAAGAAAAAGAGCAGGUCGUCUAACAACAUCUAG